GCCGAGCUGCGCAGGCGCGGGGAGAGCUUGGUGCCAUGGGCUCUCAAAGCUGGGUUACAACGGAGGAGGCACCUGCUCCCACUGGCAGCUCAGGGGGCCUGUGAGGUCCGUGGAGGCGGGGUCCUUGGGGUGCAGGUGAGGAUCGAGGCAGGCCAAGGGCCUCAGAGAGUGGAUGCCGGAUGGAGGAUGCGGCCCGAUCCUCUCCAGACAUGUCUUUUCUCCAGGACCCAAGUUUCUUCACCAUGGGUAUGUGGUCCAUCGGUGUGGGAGCUGUGGGGGCUGCCGCUUUGGCACUGCUCCUGGCCAACACAGACAUAUUUCUGUCCAAGCCCCGGAAAGCAGCACUGGAAUAUUUGGAAGAUGCAGACCUGAAAACACUAGAGAAAGAACCAAGGACAUUCAAAGCAAAGGAGCUGUGGGAGAAGAACGGGGCUGUGAUUAUGGCUGUGCGGAGACCAGGCUGCUUCCUCUGCCGAGCGGAAGCAGCAGACCUGAUGUCCUUGAAGCCCAAGUUGGAUGAGUUAGGUGUCCCUCUCUAUGCAGUGGUGAAGGAGCAGGUUAAGAGAGAAGUGGAGGACUUCCAGCCUUACUUCAAAGGGGAAAUCUUCCUGGACGAAAAGAAAAAGUUCUAUGGUCCAGAGAGGCGGAAGAUGAUGUUCAUGGGCCUCGUCCGUUUGGGUGUGUGGUAUAACUCCUUCCGGGCCUGGAAUGGUGGCUUCUCUGGAAACCUAGAAGGCGAAGGCUUCAUCCUUGGAGGAGUUUUUGUGAUAGGAUCUGGAAAACAGGGCAUUCUUCUUGAACACCGAGAAAAAGAAUUUGGAGACAGAGUGAACCCACUCUCUGUUCUGGAAGCUGUGAAGAAGAUCAAGCCACAGACUCCAGCCUCGGAGAAAAGCUGAUCCUGAACAUCUGCUGACUGGGGGAGAACGGGGCCUGUGUAGUGUUCACCAGAUGACCUGUGCUUUCAUUAUGGCCCCAAGAGCUUGUAGGCCAAUGCACCAUAUUCACUAAGAAUCGGUGAUGUAUUUUAACAUUAUCUGUUUAGGUCCCAGAACGUUCAACAUUCUGUUUAGGCCCAGUAGGGCAAAUAGGUCCCAGACAGAACUGAGUAAAAUCUAACAAACCAGUGAGAGUUAUUUGAGGAAAGAUCUAGAAAAUUUAAGGUUUAAAGUUUACUGUUACUCCUCCUUUCAACAGAAUAGGUCCUAAGUGCUGGUAUCUGAAGUGAAUUUUACUUUCAUGCCUAAUUAAAAAAAAAUCUGAAAUCUGAGAAAAGUAGGGCUAGGGAACAGUUCAGUGGUUGAGCAUUUACCUAACAUGUACAUGGCCCUGGGUGGGAUACACAGACAGACAGACAGACAGACAGACAGACAGACAGACACACACACACACACACACCUAAGAAAAGCUGAUGGGUUGAUGAUUAGAGAAUAUAAGUCUUUUGUUUGAUGUGUUUUCUGUUAACAGCUUGUUACUUAAUGUCAGAUACCACAUAAAGCAAUUGCUGUGCUGUGUUCUUGGAUAGUCUGACAAAGGUAAAUUACAAAAUGAAGUUUCUUAUAGUCUUCUUCAAAAUGAAGUUUCUUAUAGUCUUCUUUUUUGGGUGCAGAGAUUUGUUUCACUGGAAAAAGCUGUCACCUCUGGCUCUAAUAAAAAUAUGCAUCAGGAA